CUGGGAAGCAGGCCGGGCUGCGCAACCCCCGCCCCCGCCAACAGGGGUCGCCCCGGGACCCAGCGGGAGCGCGUGCCACGUGGCCGGAAACGCACUGCGUGUCGGCGUCGCUGCGAGGCCGGGUGAGACGCGGCAUGUUGCCCUGGCCCUUUCCACGGUGGGACGCCGGCGCGGAGCAGGCGCCGGAGGGACAGGGCCCCGCACCGUUCGGUGACCCCGGCAAGGUGUGGAACUCUGGAGGAAAAGCCCUGGGGGAGCCAGGUGCACCCCCACAGGACAGGCACCUGUGGCCUGGCCGUGGAGUGUUCAGACUCGGAGGGGAAGGCGGGGAAGCUCUGACUGGGGCGUCUCAGUGCCUUCCCACCUCCAGCCCUCAGUUCCGGGCCCCAAGGCCUCCCUGGACCCGGAGAGGACAGCGGCGGGCCCCGCCCCGCGCAGGCCUGGUAGCCCAGCAGCACCCGGGAACCCCAGUUCCCCUUUUUCCCCAGAUGGCCUGGGGGGUGGCCCCUUCGAGAAUGACCCUGCUGGCACCAUGGGACCCCAACUAUGAGGCUAAAGCUGGUUCGCAGCUGGUGUGGGGACCCAGCUGUGCUUCCGGUGCCUCUUUCUCAAGCCGGACUUUGUGUCACCCCUCCUUCUGGCCGCUGUACGAGGCAGCCUCAGGCAGGGCCCGCAGACCCCUGACUUCUGCAGCAGUACAUCAGAGUGGCGAGCAGGCACCCAGGGAUGCAGGGUUCCCGGUGAUGUGCUGUGAAGAUGUCUUUCUUUCAGACCCUCUGCUGCCCCCUGGGCAGCGUGUUCCCUUGAACCUGCCUGAAGCCCCUCAGCAGGUGAUGGGCUCUCUGAAGCUGCUGCUCCCACCCCCUAUCAUGUCCCCCCAGGUCUGCCCCACCCCGUCCCCUGGCUGCUGCACCGCCUGGCUCAGUGGGCCUGAGCUGAUCGCCCUCACUGGCCUCCUGCAGAUGAGCCAGGGGGAGCCAAGACCUAGCUCCACGGGUUCCUUGGCAGCUCCCACCCCCCCUUCUGGUCCCCUAGACCCUGUUUCUGAUCACGCAGGCCCCAGUGGUUCUCACGGCACUGACCCAUCUCUCCCACAGACCCCAGAAACCAAUUGUCCAUAGCACCUCUGGGGGCAUCAUGGGCCCUCUACUCUCUCAGGCGGUUCUGUUGACAAUAAAUGUGUUGGUUUGCAAA